UCGAACAGGCUGUUUUUAAAGAGCCGCGCGCUCGCAGAAGUUCAGUGAUAAUCUGAGCGAAUGCGAAGAGAGUCAUUGAACGAAGAGCAAAUUCUACGAAUACUGUAUACAGACGCUAGUCAUUACAGAUAGUCUAUAUUCAGCGUGUAGAAAUUCCCACAUAGUUUAUAGACACAAACUGUACUGUCAAUCUCAGACACAGUGUGUAUCAGAAAUAGUUUAACAACUUUACAUCUGAUAACAUCAGAUAUAGUUUGACAUCAAUAUCGGACAGUACUCAAUAGAGUGAAUCAAUAAUGUCCACACUAAAGAAAGAAGUGCAGCUGAAGGCUGACAUCAGCAGCACUGUCCUGGAGAAUGGGAGUGAUGAUCAGGGUGGCUUGAAUAUUUCUCCUGCAACCACUGAGAAGACGAGCCCGAAAGAUACUAAAGUGAAGAAGAGCAAGAAAAUCUGUGCAUUCUUCCGAAGAACAUGGAAGGCUGUGAAAAAAUGCUUCCAGAAAAACAGAGUGGAGCCCAUCGGGGUCUCAGAACAGCCUGAUCCAGAGCCACUGUGUGUCCCAGGUGCUGCACCAGUACCUGUGGUGGAUCUGGCUGAUGCACAACAGCUGUCUCUCUCAGCUCCAAGUGGUCCCGAGCCUCAAGUGACAACAGAAACACAGGAAACUCAAGUGACAACUGAGUCAAUGUUACACAACCAUAUCCUUGUAAACAUUUUCCAACUGGAGCGUCGCAUGUGCAAAUGUAAAGUGCUCUGGACACCUGCCACUGAGGUCUGGCCCAAUGUCUUUAUUGGAAAUGAAGAGACAGCAAUGGACCGAGCCAAACUGAAGGAGAUGGGUAUUACACACAUCCUGAACACUGCGGCAUACAAGGAAUACCUGCAAGGAAAGAUCGAUACGAGGGCAGAAUAUUACACCGAAAUGAACAUCACUUACUACGGUGUGCUUGUAAUGGAUGAACACAGGUUUGACGUCAGCAAGGACUUAUUCCCAGCUUCAGAAUUCAUCCACAAGGCCCUGAGUAACUCAGAAAAUAAGUUGUUACUGCACUGCUCAGAGGGUGUCAGCCGCUCGGCCACAUUUUUUCUGGCAUAUCUGAUGAUCCACCAUGAAAUACUGUUGGAGGAUGCCAUUGACCACGUCAUAGAAAAGAGAUGGAUCAGGCCAAACAGGGACUUCUUGAAGCAGCUGACAAUGCUCAAUUCAAACCUCAAAAGUCAGCGAAUACUACAGUUAAAAAAAGAGUACAGCUAAAAAAAAAAACAGAGCAAAGUAAAAAAUAAAAUAAAAAAUGUAGUUAAAAUCAGGCACCGAUUUAUAUAUAUAUUUUUUUGUUGUUUAACAUUUACAAAUAUGUAAAAUAUUACCUUUGAUCAAAAUAAAACAUUGUUGUCUCAAUUAUAGUCAAAUGCACUUUAUUUCUAAAAGAGCUGUGGAUUAGCAUCAUGUUAGUAAAUCAACAGAAAUACACAAAUAGUUAAAAUGUAUUUACAAAAAAUGAAAGUAAAACCUUGCCUACACAAGUUGUAAGUGCCUCUUCAAAAGCACAUAGAACCCAUUAAAGUCAGUCAUAUGCGAUAAAAAUUUCUGAUUUACUCCGAACCUACUUUAGACAAUAGGACAAAUGAAUAUGGAACCUCUGAUGCCUUAUUGCAGAAAGCUUCCAGUUGUUAUGCACAACAGCGGACACAUGCAGUGUAGACAUGGUGUAAGAGUUUCUGUAACGCUCAAUAGUAAUGAGCAGUCUUUCUUUCUAACUCAGAUGAUGACUGUGCUGCCUUCUCUCCGAAUAGAUAAGACAUUUUG